AUGAUGAACCCUAGCUACAAGGUACUAGGUCUCAGUGCUCGUGCAACCAAAGAACAAAUCAAACAAGCAUACAGAAAAUUGGCAUUGAAGUAUCACCCGGACAAACACACCAACUCCCCCCAAAACAUGAAAGACGAUGCCACCCUCAAGUUCAAAGAGGCCACAGCGGCCUAUGAGAACCUCAUGAACAACAACAACCAUAGCCCAGACCACCACAGCGACGAUGACAUUGACAACAAUGACCAUCAUUGCAACAAAGAGAACGACAAUGAAAAACGUGAUUUUAAUCACCAUCACUAUGACGAUGGUUACAACUAUAGCCAUCAACACUACUAUAGUGACUAUAGUGGCAGUGGUUAUAACUACCAUCGCUUUGAUGACGAUGACGGCUACAGCAACAAGUAUUACCAUCCGUAUGCCGAUGAUUUUGACUAUAAACACCACUGUAGCAGCAAUUCCUAUAGCCACGACCAAGACCACGGUUACAACUACAACCACCACCGCUAUAUCCUCCACGAGUAUUACGAUUACGUCUUUAGCGGCCAUCACUCUCGCUCCCAUUGUCCUGAUUACAGUUACUACAACAAUAAUGACAGUGGUGAAUAUUGUAACAAGACCAAUAUUGAAAUCCUUGGAACUGAAUUUUGGGGCGUUGAUGUAGAUGAUCCUAAGCCUGCAAGCGGUAUUGUGGUUUUCAUAAAGUAG